AUGGCGAAAUCCAAGACCCCGACUCCUCAGGAGCUCUACAGGCUACGCAAGCAGCGGGAGGAGAGAGAGCGGACUGCCUAUCUGCCACCAGGGCUCAUAAACCAUGGAAAUACGUGCUUUAUGAACUCAGUAUUGCAAGGGCUCAUAGCUACCCGCCUUCUCUCGGAUCUCGUCCACUUCAACCCCAUACCAGCAGAGAUACAGCAAACAGCCGUGACACCCAUACUCUCCAGGCGCUCGCCGCAGCUCACGAAUGGCCACAAUCUGGCUGGCAAGUAUGAGCAGCUCUGGGUAAACACCAUGCCGAUCGGCGACAUGUUUCUUACGGUACUGUACAAGUCCUGGGAGGCGCAGGCGGCGAGAAAGAGGGAGUCUAUCAGCCCCAAAUCUAUCCUUGGUGCGCUCGGUCAGAAGUACGACCAGUACCUAGACUUUGCGCAACAAGAUGCACACGAGUUUUUACGGAUAUUGUUGGAUGCCAUGCGGAUGGAAGAGCAGGAUGUCAUCAAGAAGCGUCAACCACCCCCACCUAAGAAACGACGGCGAGCGACACUGACGCCUGCCAACGUAUCUCGCACUGAACCCGUCGCCUCCAGCUCCUCACAGCCGAAUGAUCAUUCCCCCGACGCGGCUCCGUCGGAAGACGAUAUCCCUCUUUCGUCCUUCGCGGAUAUGCUAUUCGGGGGCCAGCUAACGAGCAUUCUCGUCUGUCAGAAGUGCAAGCACGUGUCGCAAACGUACGAAGAGUUUAACGACAUUAGCUUGAGCAUCAAGCCCGAGGACUACCUACACAACCGAAAACGCGAUCGAUUCAAGAAGAUUGUCGGGAAGUUGACUGCGUUUCCGGGCGCUUCGGGAUCGAUGAAGGAGAAGGACAAAGAAAAAGACAAGGAGAAGGGAAAGGAGAAAGAGAAAGAUAAGGACAAGGAGACGCUGGGAGAGAAGGAGAGGCCUCGCCUUCCCAUCGCACCUGCCCAUGCGAUGGAGAUCCAGCGCUCGUCGUCGGUGCCGCCCAGUCCGAAGACAGAGCUGGACCCAACCCAACUUGAGGUCUUGCCGCUCGUCGAUUCGACACGCAGGCGGAGUCUAGAUGCGGUCGGGUCAGUCACGUCACUUCCCGUUCCUGCUGUGGAAUUGGAUGAUGAGGCUUUGGGCCAGGAGAAGAACUCCUCGGAUGUCGCCGCUGCUGAGGAGGACCCCAAAGAGAAGGAGAAGGAAAAGGAGGAAGAAGAACUCGUGGACAGCGAUAGCUCGCACGUCAUCGUGAACGUUACCGGGCCCGACGACAAGCAUGUGGAGUUUCUGGAGCCAACGAUUGACCGCAAGGAAAAGGAUGAGACACCGGAGGAUGAUACCAAUGUCAAGGAGAAAGAAAAGAAACACGAAGAUGGCUCGUGGGCGAAGAUCGGCAGGCGAAUAAGUUUGACUGUCGGACUAGGUCGGCCACGAAACCCAGACAAGGAGAAGGACAAGAAGGACAGAGAGCGGAAAAGCAGGUCGAUGGAUCGCAGUGGACUUGGAGCAGGCAUCGUCGAGGGAGUCGUGGCGAGCGUCAGCUCGAUGCAGAAGUCGAUCUCGGUAGGCGCUUCAUCGCUAGCUGAAUCGUCAUCGCGUCGCGCUUCCACCGAGCUGGAGAUGGGUGCGAAGGGCAGAGUCUCUUCAGAGGGCACAUUGCGACCGAGCGCGCCUCAGAUCGCCACUGAGCCGUCAACAACUUCGUCAGCGUCGCAUUCUACGAACGACGCGACGAUACGCGCCAAACCCUUACCACCCCGACCUCUGGUUACUGAGUCGACUCCCUCAAGUUCCUCUAUCGCUCUCCUACGACGGUCGCCAUCUCCUCAACCUGCAACGUCCACUUCCGUACCACAAAACCCCUUGGCUCAAUCAUUGAUUCCCAAUGUGCAACGGUCCAAAUCGCCCAAACCUCCAAAACCCACUGCAGCGGAGACAGAAUACCUGCGAAAGAUACUUGCAGACGUCAGCCCUGCCUCAUCCACCCCCAACCCCUUCGCUAUCUUCAAGCCUCCAUUACUUCAUAGCCAUUCCCAUCACCACCAGCACCAUACGAAACCUUCCCUCUCCACGUCCUCGAACACAUUUACCGAACCAUCAACGAGUGAUAAGAGCACAAUGUGGUUAGGCAUGGGCAGAAGCUUUUCAGGAAUAGAGGAGUGUCUUCGGAUGUUCACUGCGGUGGAAAUUCUGGAUGGGGAGAAUAUGGUCGGGUGUAGGCGAUGUUGGAAGAUACAAAACGGGAUGUACCAACCGCAGAAGGAGAGGAGGAACGGGCAGGACCCAGAGGAUUCUGACCAGGAAGACCAAGAGGUGGACCAGGAAGAAUUUUCAUCUCCUGGCCCUUCUAUUGAAGUUCAACCCGCGACAGCACAUCCGACGGUGAAUGGGUUUGAUGUGCCACCCCCAGUAAAGCCCCAGCGACGCCCACCGUUGACAGUCCUCGCGCCGUCGAUAAAUACCGGCGGGGCCUCUGUCCACCUCCCCACAUCAAUAUCCACACCAACCGUUUCUUUCUAUUCGCACACAUCCAGUGAUACGCGGUCGAUGUCGUCCCUACCCACCACACCAUCUGAUCUGAGUCAUGGCUUGUCAAAAAGCAGUUCUGACACGAACAGCAGUGAGGACAACCUCUCCUCGAUCAACUCGGAACGAAGCACCAAGGCGAGCAGCGACAUUAUUACGAGCUCGAGUCACCACCACGGCAUCCAGAUACCCAUAAUUUCGACGACGGCGCCGGAUACACCGGUUGAGUCGACCUCUUCGCUCGAUUCGCAUUAUUCCACGGCAGAGAGCACCAGCGAGACCAACCGGCAGUCGGCAUAUGCAAAGCUGACAGAGAACGAGAACAGUGCCUUAUCAUCGUCAACUUCUGUGCCAGCGUCGUCAGGUCCCAGCCCACAUCCUCGUCUCACACAGGCUCUGUACGGAUACAACUCGUCUUCAGGGUCGAAAGACUCGCUUGUGAUACCACACAUCGGGAAAUCGAGGCCGCGGUAUCAAAGGCGGAAGACAUAUUCAGAGACGACAACGGACAACGACUCGUCCGGCGACGAGACUGACACCUCGAUCGGGACGUCUGUUUCCGCUGAUUCGUUAGUAUCAGCCGAUUCUAGGGGCUCGAACGACGACCCACAGGCACCGCCUGCAGUGCCCGCUGCAGCUGAAGGAACGACCUCGGCGCCUCAAGUCGGAGCUUCUCAAUCUCAGCAACCCACCCUAGGCUCGUCGAUAGCACAACCGGCCCCAGCCAAGAAGCCCUCGAAACCUAAGCCUGUCAUCAUGCGGCCAGCAUACAAGCGCUACCUCAUUGCCACCCCACCUCCUGUGCUGGUCGUACACCUCAAGCGAUUCCAGCAGACCUCGAAGACGCCUUUGAUGAUGUCCUUUUCACAUGGAUUCAAGAAGCUGGAUGACUACAUCUCGUUUCCGGAGCACCUCGACUUGAUGCCGUUCCUUGCACCAAAGAAGGAGGAUUACGGGCUUGGGAAGAAGGGCAAGGGCAAAGAGAAGGAAAAGGAACGGAAGGGCAAGGAGAAGGAAGAGAGGUGCAUGUACAGGCUGUAUGCGGUGGUGGUGCAUAUCGGGAAUAUGCUGGGUGGCCACUAUAUCGCGUACACGGCACUUCCGAACGAGCCUCCCGGACGGACAACGGCAGCCAGGUCAUCAACGUCUUCGUCGACAGCCAAUGCUAGUUCUUCGAGGACUUCGGAGCCUUCGGCUGAGAGUGAGCAAGCCAAGCCAAGUUCAGCACCAACAGUAGGAGAGAGCCAGGAAGGAACAACUACGGCGAGCUCGACGCGCCCGAGCAAGACCGCCGAACGACAGUGGGCGUACAUCAGCGACACGGUCGUGCGGCUGACGACGCUGGAGGAAGUCCUCCAUGCCAAGGCGUACAUCUGCAUGUACGAGCGGUGUUGA